AUGUCUCUUCGGCUCUGGACUCUUGUCUUUCAUCUAACAGGCACUGGAUUCGAACUGUUCGCGUCCGACGCCUGCAAGGAGACCUGCACUGAUAACCCAGGUGGCAAGAAGCGAAUCGCCCUGAUCAUCCCCAUCAGGGACAGGUGGGAGCACUUGCAUCUCCUUUUUCGGAGCUUAGUACCCCUGCUUCGAAGCCAAAACCUCUGUUUCCUCAUUGUGCUCGCUGAACAGGUAGUUUGCCAUUCAACUGCUUUCUCACAUACGACUUGGUUUUACCCUUUUCUACACAAGCAUUACGUGUCUCUACUAACAAAUAGUUAGUAGUACGUUUUAACGUCUACAUUUUCUUCCUCCAUGGUGCUUACAGGCGCCGGGUCAGCCGUUCAACAAGGGCCUACUGAUGAACGCAGGUGUAAUCGAGGCAUUGAACUUUAUGCCCUUUCAUUGCGUAGCCUUCCAUGAUGUCGAUCUCAUACCUAUAUCGACCAACCUCUCCUAUGCGUGCCCUUCCUACCCGAGGCAUCUCAGCACACAGAUUGACAAGUUCAAUUUCUCGUAAGUUCCGCUUGUCCGCCUACAAGAAUGCAAUUUCCAUAUACAAAAGCAUUCCAACAGUUUGGCGAUGCACAGUUAACAAGAGCAAAGAAGAUUUCGGUUGAUUUCGAUGAUGGAGAUGUUGCAGGAAUAAAAAUUGCAAAAAAGUCGUAUACUGGCAGGCCGUCCAGUGACCACAGCGACAGAUGCAAUCGCAAACGUCCCAUUUUGUGUACAUUAGGAGGAAUUUUCCUGCGUUAGGUUUACUUGACGUUUUUCUGAUGAUGGAAUACAUUGAGUUUCACAUUGUCCUGGAAAUAUCAGUGAAUUCUUCACGCUUUUAAGUGCUUUCAAUUGAUUGCUCGUAAAAAUAUAUUUUGUGCUAGGUAUGUAUCAAGAACCCAAAAAUAAGAUAGUUUUGCAAGUGUUUACCGAAGUAGUGAGCGCUUCGCGUUUUUUCUUUAUGCAUAUGAGCGUCUGGGUCACAGUUGAAAACCUCACUGGCGAAUAAUGGGCAUCCGAUCAGUUAAAAAAACAUUCUCUUUAAUAUUGUUUUCUGUUGGCGGAUGUCCACGUCUUUAAUUUUCUACACGAAAUUGCCCCGUUUAUAUAGAAGUCUUCCACGGUCGCUGCUCGGAAACUUGGAUAUUACAGUGAGGGGUUUCAGCGUUGCAGAACAGUUUACCUUAUAUACAUUAUUGACGGGGAGCCAAAAAUUAAGUGCAACGUUUCACCUGCUUUUGAUGCCAGAGUUGUUGAUUUUGUUGGCAUAGUAACUGUAUUCUCUAAGUGCUACAUCUCUCUAUGCGUAUUCUGGUAUGCUAUCUCCCUACCAUAAAAUAUAUUACUAGCUACCUGUCGGCAGUUAAUGAAUACUACGUGGUUACCCGCUGUGGAUGAUGGGCUUCUGUCCAAAAAUUCAUAAAUAAAAAAAUUUCGCUCUGCGUGUAUAGACCUGGAAUACACUUAUCUACUCCAAGUUCGCAAUUAAUUUCUGGAGAAAAAAAGAAGCAACAUUAUUUAUCUGUUGCCGUCAGCAAUUAUGGUUUGAAAAUGAAGCCGAAACUUAAUGCAAAUAAAGUUGCUUUCCAAGUAGUCACACAUUCUUCAUCCCAUAGACUCCGCGUAAGGCGCUGCCAGUUGGUACUUAAAGACCGAAAUAUUUGAUUUUAGCGAGCUUCAUGUCCAUACAAGUGCUCAACAGAUAAUUGGCAAACCUAAUAGUUUUCAGAUAAAUCCUUUCAAUUUAGACAGAUAAAGCGCCUCAUGUCUUUCUUUCAAGCUGCUUUUCUACAACAUGCCCUUUCUCUGUACUUGCAACUGCACUUUUCCCUAUGCUGUUUUCUCCGCCUCUGAAGGCUUCCAUAUGUCGGUCUUGUGGGUGGCGUAUUGGCUGUUCCCUUAGAUCAGUUUCUUCGAGUAAACGGAUUCUCCAACAUGUUUUGGGGCUGGGGUGCUGAAGAUGAUGACUUCUUUGAGAGGUAACUUCCACCUUCCCACGUCCAAUAAUUGUGUCUUUAUUGGAUCGGUUGUGUCUACCAGGGCCAAUCAGCGCGGCCCUUUUGUAAGCUACUCUGAUUGGUCAAUUUCGUCGAUAACAUUGUGUGUCUUUGUCAGAUCGGCUAAGGGAAGGCGAUAAAAAUUAAAAAAAUCAAUAGCGAUAUACGCGCAAAGCUGCGCCGACAACUCAAUGCUUGAGAUGAAAAACUUGAUCAUCUGAAAUAGAAGCAAAUUGUUUCAAUGUUUUCAAGUUUUCCCAGGUGCAAUGGUCAGACCAACCUCUUCGAGUCCCUAUUCCAGGGCAGCCAUUCGCGGGCUGCCCUGACUGGUCGAUUUCGCUGAUUAUAUUGUUUUCACUAUAGCUCUCCACUAGCAUGUGAUGAUAGAUCUACGAAAGCUCCCGAAAGUUUUUAAAGGGGAAAUUCCUUUUUCGGUAUAGUAUGUUGGUGAAAACGAGUGAAAGGGUCUUCGGUGACCUGUGUGGCUUAGUCCAUAAAGUCGCUAAUUAAUAUUAAUUUCCGUAUAACGUAGAUUAUGUAAAUUAUUACGGAAAGUCUCUGUGUCGGUCUAGAAGCGAGAAAAUAACGGGAUCUUAUUCUUGGCAUAUUUCUGCUUUUGUCCUGCAGAAAAGGCUUGCCCUCUGUUCACACUGACAUUCAUUUUAAUUUUCUUUCCGACCGUUAUUUCUGAAGAAACUUUCGAAAGCAGUAUAUUUCGUAUAUUUUUGUAUAUUUUCUUUACUCUUCUCGCAUCAGGCUUAUGUUCAUCGGUUUGCCAGUAAUCAGGCCCCACCCGGGACAGGCCAAAUACGUGAUGCUUCAACACAACAAAAGCAAGGCGACCGACUCCUGGCGCAGGUAAUCGAAUCGACUUCCUUACCUUAAUAAAACUAAGCCUUCCAUGUAAACACAUGGCACUGGUUUUCUGGUAGCGUCAUGAAUGUCGAGAAGGAUGAUAAUGAUCAGCGGAGGUGAGGGGCGUAAGUUCGCGAUAGUGCCUUCCAACAUGGUAUAAGUUGUAGUGGCGCACGCAGACAAGGUCACUAUAUAUGCCAGCCACCGCGCCCAUUCCCCGCACACUCACCUCGCGCAUCGGCCUGGUCGGUCGCUUGCGAAUCCAUCGCACAGAGACUGGGGACCCAGUACCUGCAGCAUCAACCUACGCUCGCCGCAUCCGCCUCCACUGUUCACACUGCACUCUCACAUUCAUGUACCGCAUGGGUCCCUACGGCCACAUACGCGUCCACGAAAACCUGCGGUAACCGACCACUGGCUGCGUCACACCAUCCCUCACCAGCAUCUCAUCGCACAUCAAAUCACCCACCACAAGUAUCCAAAUGCCACCGUCUGCACAAACUGGAAGUGUGUGUCUUGAUUCCGUCUUCAUACGGCUCCCCAGCUACAUGUGUGACUCGAGUCUGAGACUAUCACAGCGCGUCAAGCACCGUGGCUAAGAAGUCCGCUGACUGACGCCCCAACUUAGUCCACGCAGUCCGUACAGUUUUGUGCAUUCAUGUGGAGUGGCGGACUUGUGAGCUGAGAGCCAGACCAAAACAGCUCCUUCUAAACGUGACCUACGGCACUCUCACGCAUGUGAGGUGUACGCCACUCAACCCCCGUUGUGUGAUAUCCUGGUGUGUGUCUGUGGGGCCAGGUCGUGCAUGUGACGUGCGCAGACAAGGUCAUUAGAUAUGACAGCCAACGCACGCAUUCCCCGCACCGGGCAGCUGACCGGCUCGGGCUGUGCCAGGGGCCUGGGGAUGGGGAGAGCGGAGUCGAUGGUUUGACGCACUUUCCUCCUCACUACAAACAAUCUGUCGCGCUUGAAGCUAUCACGAUGCGCUAAAAGCUGUGACUUGGAAGGCUGGCGACUGACGGGAUAACUUGGAUCUCGCAGUCGGCCCAGCGUUGUGCGUUUGUGUGGAGCGGUCCUCUGGUGGUCUAAGAGUCAGGCUGCAAUGGCCCCUUCUUAAUGUGGCCUUUAUAACACUCCCACUUCCUGGGAUCCGAGCCGGGUGUGACGGCACGCCUAGAUGCGGGUCCGGCUGUGCCAGCCUCCCUUUCGUUGUUAGCUUAAAAAACCUGGUCAUUUUCUGUGUAGGCGAGGGGGGGUGGAGUUGGAUGUCAAAGUGCGGCCUCGACCCUGCCAUUUACCUGUGCCUUCUCCUGCCCCGGUCCUCCUGACUAUUUCUUGACACCAGGUCCAGGUGGGGAGGAGGAGGAGGAGGAGCAGGAGGAGGAGGAGGGAGUGCGGUAGACGCUGCGCAAGUCUACAUUCACUAUAAACUAAAUCACACCCAAGUCACCGUCACGGCACCUUCUUGCUUUGGACAUCGUUAACAAUGACGGUCGAACUAUCAGUGGUAGUGGCAGCAGUAACAGUCCUAUGGAGGAGGACGGCGUCGUCGUGGCUCUAGUUGUGGUGGAGUAGCUGUCAUCGCAGACGCAGAAACCCUCUGCGCCGUUCAUAUCCCAAUCACAUCUACCUCGGCUUUUUGUCCUUGACAAAAGCAGGUUUUCAUUGUAAAGAGUCGAGUGCAUUCUUUGAAUUUGUUUUAUCGAAAGACGCUCUCCUAUGGUCAUCAGAUUUAUAGUAAUAGGGUCUGGAGCCGUUUACGAAGUGGAAUUUGCUUUGGUAGAUUCAGGCCUGAUUGUGACUGACUGUCGGACGUCUGCGUUCCCCAAAAUUUGCUCGUUGUUGUUAUAGGUUACGUCUUCGCAUACCAGUGGAGCAUCUAGCUGUUCAAAAGACACCACAAUAUUGGAUAACUGGGAUUGGCUCAAAUUCUACAGUAACGGUACGCGGUUUGCCGCUUCACUUCCUCCAGUCCUACUUUGUCCUCCUAGCUUGGACAAAAAUCUGACAAUCCAUCUAUGUUCUUUCUAUUCCUUCCUCCAAAAGGAGUGCUCUGCUCGUUCUCAGCUUCAAGCGCUACCGUCUGGACGGUCUGAACACACUUAUCUACAGCCUCAAAAAGAAGACGCUUGCGCCAUUGGGGAAUUUCAUGCCUACUGACCGGCAAGGCUGGACUGACUUCGGAACUGACCCCGUUCUGCACCUUUUGAUUGAAGUGACCAGAAGAUCAUCCAAGGAACCCUAUGGUCUCUUGCACAUCACAUGA